ACCUGUAAUCCCAGUGACCUGGGAAGCUGAGGCAGAAGGAUGAUAAGUUCAAGACCAGCCUGGACAGCUCAAUGAGAGACCCUGUCUCAAAAUUUUAAAAAAAUAUAUAUAAAGAUCUGGAGAUGUAGCUCAGUGGUAGAGUGCCCUGGGUUCAAUCCCCAGUCACACCCACCCACACACACACACACACACUGUGGGAAGCAGGGCACCAUGGGGCUCCUUCCUAAGCUGCCAGCCCCAGGGUUUUCUGUGCUUGGAUUUAAGAAUGCCCCCAUAUCUGAUAACCUUACUUCUGAGAGCAAGAUAUAGGGGUGGGCUCACAGCCUCAGAGUGUCGACUCCAGCACAGGUAGGUAGGCAGGAGGCAGGAAAAAGCAGAUCAUGAAUGACACCCCAAAGAAAGAGCCAAAUCCCUUGCACCAGGGGGUGGUCUGGUAGGAGGUCUCUGGAAAGGGACAUCUCAGGAGUAGGGGGCGUCCAGCAGAGCUGAUCCCUCAGACUGGGUGAUCACAGAGGGGAGAGAAGAAGAUCUGGAAGGUAUGUGUCAGAAAGGGAUGAAAGGGACCUCUGAGGGACAGCUUUCCUUGUUUCUUUGAAAUAAAUUCCUUGCCCUCGACAAAGUAAGCAUCCACUGAUAGACCAAGGAUAUUCAUCCAUCUGUCCAUCUAUUUGGAAGAUGUUCCAGCUUUUAUCUAGCAUCCAACCACCCAUUUGUCCAUCCAACUGUUCAUCUAUACAUCCACCCACCCAUCCAUCCAUCCAUCCAUCCACCCAGAGAGGUCAGGGCUGCUGGGAAGGGCCUGUGGUCCAGUGGCAUUUAUGGGGCAUGUGACCUACCUGUCUGGCCUGGGGAGGCAGCCCCGCCCCAGCCCUGGGGCAGGGGGCUGGUCCAGGUUCCGGGGAGUAUUUAUACCCGGAUGGAGGCUCCUGGGGAGCUGCAGACUGAAUGACUCCCCGGAGCUGUGAUGGUGGCCAUGGCCCAGAGCCCCCCGACUGGGUGAUGGUGUCGCUACUCCCGCCACAGUCUGACGUCACGCUGCCUGGCCCCACCAGACUGGAGGGCGAGCCCCAAGGGGACCUCAUGCAGGCUCCGGGCCUCCCAGGCUCCCCUGCUCCACAGAGUCACGCCGGCUUCAACUGCUCGUCAUUUGUGCCCGACGGUCCUCCAGAGAGGGCACCCUCACUGCCCCCACACAGCCCGAGCAUUGCAUCACCAGGCCCAGAGCAAGUCCAGGGCCACUGCCCAGCCGGCCCUGGCCCAGGGCCCUUCCGGCUUUCACCCUCAGAUAAGUAUCCUGGCUUUGGCUUUGAGGAGGGCCCAGCAAGCAGCCCUGGGCACUACCUCAAGGGCAACCACGUGCCCUUCCACCCAUACAAGCGGCAUUUCCAUGAGGACAUCUUCCCUGAAGCCCAGACCGCCCUGGCCCUGGAUGGACACUCCUUUAAGACCCCAGGGGCACUGGAGGCCUUUGAGGAGAUCCCCGUGGACGUGGGGGAGGCCGAGGCCUUCCUGCCUGGUUUCACUGCAGAGGCCUGGUGCAAUGGGCUCCCUUACCCCAGCCAGGAGCAUGGCCAAGUCCUGCAGGCGUCAGAGGUCAAGAUCAAGCCUCCAGCUCUGGAGAAUGGUCCUGGGAUGUACUGCUACCAACCCCCCUUGCAGCACAUGUACUGCCCCUCCCAGCCCCCUUUCCACCAGUAUUCACAGGGUGGUGGCAGCUACCCUGUACCCUACCUGGGCUCCUCUCACUAUCCAUACCAGCGGAUCGCACCCCAGGCCAGCGCUGAUGGGCACCAGCCGCUCUUCCCCAAACCCAUCUACUCCUACAGCAUCCUCAUCUUCAUGGCCCUCAAGAACAGCAAAACUGGAAGCCUGCCUGUCAGCGAGAUCUACAAUUUUAUGACGGAGCAUUUCCCUUACUUCAAGACGGCACCUGAUGGCUGGAAGAAUUCUGUCCGCCACAACCUAUCCCUCAACAAGUGCUUUGAGAAGGUGGAGAACAAAUCUGGAAGUUCCUCUCGCAAGGGCUGCCUGUGGGCCCUCAAUCCGGCCAAGAUCGACAAGAUGCAGGAGGAGCUGCAGAAGUGGAAGAGGAAGGACCCCAUUGCUGUGCGCAAAAGCAUGGCCAAGCCAGAAGAGCUGGACAGCCUCAUUGGAGACAAGAGGGAGAAGUUGGGCUCCCCGAUGCUGGGCUGUCCGCCCCCUGGGCUGACAGGCUCCGGCCCCAUCCGGCCCUUGGCACCCCCAACUGGGCUCUCCCAGCAGCUGCACCCAAUCCACCCAGCUCCAGGACCCAUGCCUGGCAAGAACCCUCUGCAAGACCUACUGGGGGGGCACGCACCCUCCUGCUAUGGGCAGACGUACCCACACCUCUCACCCGGCCUGGCCCCUCCUGGACCCCCGCAGCCAUUGUUCCCGCAGCCAGAUGGGCACCUUGAGUUGCGGGCCCAGCCGGGUACCCCCCAGGACUCGCCUCUGCCUGCCCACACCCCACCCAGCCACAGUGCCAAGCUGCUGGCUGAGCCUUCCCCAGCCAGGACCGUGCAUGACACCCUACUGCCAGACGGAGACCUGGGUACUGACCUGGAUGCCAUCAACCCCUCUCUCACCGACUUUGACUUCCAGGGAAACCUGUGGGAACAGCUAAAGGAUGACAGCUUGGCCCUUGACCCUUUGGUACUGGUGACCUCGUCCCCGACAUCAUCCUCCAUGCCACCGCCCCCACCACCACCCCACUGCUUCCCCUCGGGGCCCUGUCUGGCAGAGACAGGCAGUGGGGCAGGCGAAUUGGCACCACCAGGCAGCGGCGGCUCCGGAGCCCUGGGAGACCUGCCCCUCACCACCCUCUACUCAGCGUUCAUGGAGCUGGAGCCCACGCCGUCCACAGCCCCUGCUGGCCCCUCAGUGUACCUCAGCCCCAGCUCCAAGCCCAUGGCCCUGGCAUGAGCUCUGUCUGGCGUCAGCUCCAGCCUUUGCUUGUCUGGAAGUCUCUGCUGGUCAUCCUCGUUGGGCUCACCUUGAAGGUCAAGGAAGGAAAAUGCUAUCUGUCCCCUCUGCCACUCAGCCAACUUGUUUGUUAGCUGGAAGCUGGAGCACAGGGGACACCUCCUAGGACGCUGCCCCUCACGCAUUUCUGCCACCUGGUAGUCCAGUGCCUCACUCAGGGCCCCUAGAGAGCAAUAUGUGGGCAAGAAGCAAAUGCAUUCUCCCUAGCCACGCCCAUGGGCCUUCAGCUCUCAGGCACAUACAUAGGCUCAGGCUUACUCAAGACACACCAGCCACAUGCCUUAUACCCAGAGGAAUCCAUACCACAUCAGAGAGCCUGACUUCAUUUCUGAGGCCGCUGAGAGCUAAGGGCUUUGGUUACCAAAGCUCAAAGAAUCCCCCCAGAACCCCAUUCUGAUUCCCGUAUGCUCCACAGGCCUGGCCCCCUCCAGUCAUGUUCUUUCCUAGAAUCCCCCUGUAUUUAUUCUCCUGUCUUCCUCCAACAGCCCAGCAAGGAGGAGGAGAUAGAGAACUCCUCCUGUUGCCUGUGGACCCCCCCACCCAGGGUGCUUGCUACUAACUAGCAGCACCCUUCCUGCCAGGCUCCACCUAUCCUCAGAACAUUCUCUGUCUGGCCACCCCCAGGGUGACGCACAGGAGGGGCAAUGUCCAUUCCGGGACCAAACUGAGCCCAAAUUCCAACACAAAGUGUUUGGAAAAGCCCUUGCCCUUGGAAACUUGAAUGAAUCUUCUCCCAGUCCCGGAUGCGGGAAGGGCCCCCUCCAAGUCACCACAAUCCCCCUCUUUCUCUAGAAAGAAAUUCAUGUAGUUUAGGUCCCAGCUUCCAACUGUCUCAGGCUGCCUGAGUGUUCAGGGAAGGGAAGCCUGGUCCAGACUGGUGAGGGAGCACCCAUGCACCCCUAGCUUUGAUCGCCUGGCAGACCCAGACACCCGAAAAGCACAAAGGAUAUCCCUGGAGCUAGGGGAUAUGGUCCAGGUGCCUGCCAGGCCCCAUCAAGUGGGAUCCUUAGCCUACCCUGGGCCUCCAAGUGACAAGAACAUCCAAAUGGUGGCCCCACUCUCAUAUGAGGCCCAAGCAGAUGCCUCAGUGGCCUGCCAUUGUCCCCUGUCCUGGAACAGUAAAGCAAGUGCCUUGUGA